AUGGCUGUUGCAUACUUUAUUUUCAGUGUAGCAGGUGAAGUCGGUGCAGCAGGUGAAGCUGGUGUAUCAGGUGAAGCUGGUGUAGCAGGUGAUGCCGGUGUAGCAGGUGAAGCUGGUGCAGCAGGUGAAGCCGGUGUAGCAGGUGAAGCUGGUGUAGCAGGUGAAGCCGAUGCAGCAGGUGAAGCCGAUGCAGCAGGUGAAGCCGGUGUAGCAGGUGAAGCCAAUACAGCAGGUGAAGCCGAUGGAGCAGGUGAAGCCGGUGUAGCAGGUGAAGCCGAUGCAGCAGGUGAAGCCGGUGCAGCAGGUGAAGCCGGUGUAGGUGCAAGUGAAGCUGGUGCAGCAGGUGAAGCCGGUGUAGCAGGGGAAGCCGAUGGAGCAGGUGAAGUCGGUGUAGCAGGUGAAGCUGAUGCAACAGGUGAAGCCGAUGGAGCAGGUGAAGCCGAUGCAGCAGGUGAAGCCGGUGUAGCAGGUGAAGGCGGUGAAGCUGGUGUAGCAGGUGAAGCCGAUGCAGCAGGUGGAGCCGAUGCAGCAGGUGAAGCUGGUGUAGCAGGUGAAGCUGGUGCAGCAGAUGAAGCCAAUGCAGCAGGUGAAGCCGUUGUAGCAGGUGAAGCCGAUGCAUCAGGUGAAGCCGAUGCAUCAGGUGAAGCCGGUGUAGCAGAUGAAGCCGAUGCAGCAGGUAAACCGAUGCAGCAGAUGAAGCCGAUGCAGCAGGUGAAGCCGGUCGAGCAUCAAAUCCGAAAGUUUAUAGAUGUAGAAAAUGAUGCACCCACAUUCCAUACCAAGGGUUGCUAUGCGAUGGACACCAAAAGGAAAAGGAAACCGAGGUCGUCCAAAGGAGACAUGGAGAAGAUCUGUGGAGGUAGAGAUACAGGACGCGAGGUGGACUUGGGGACAGGUGCAGCAAUGGGCCCAGGGUAG